GGGUCCCGACAGUAGCAGGUCUCCUUGCUGCUCCUCCUCCGUUCGGCUGAGGGGAGGAUCACUCACUGAAAUCUGAUACAUGUGCUUCCUCGUGAGUUUAUCCCGAUCGCUCAGUCCAUGUGAGAGAAUCGGCUGGUUCAAAUGGAGAUAUCUCUUGAGCCGUGCUUACUCCUGGAUUUCUAGAGGACAGACUGAAAGAAUGAUCUCAUUUCACAGUGCCGAUCACACACUGGUGCUUUACGUGCUUCAUUAUUAAUCUCCAGCUCUUGAGAAGGACUCUACCGGCUGGACUCAAAUUUUAAAUCAAUGGAUCCAGUAACGAGGUGGACACCAAAACAGGUUGUUGACUGGAUGAGAGGUCUGGAUGACAGCCUACAACAGUAUGUGCACAACUUUGAGAGAGAGAAGAUUAAUGGAGAACAGUUACUGAAGAUCUCCCAUCAGGACCUUGAGGAACUGGCCGUUGCCCGCAUUGGCCACCAGGAACUGGUUUUAGAGGCUGUAGAUCUCCUCUGUGCUCUGAACUAUGGUGUGGAGACGGAUAAUUUGAAGAAUCUGGUGCUGAAGAUGAGAGCUGUGACCAACAGCCUUCAGAAUGCAACGUCAGAACGCAGGAAGAGUCCAACGUAUGAAAGCAACACGUCGAGCAAGCUCCCAAAUGAAUUCCUUUCCUCUGUGGUUGAACUUAUUGGAGCAGCCAAAAGCCUCCUGGCAUGGCUGGACAGAACUCCAUUGACAGGAAUCAGUGAUUUCACCACCACCAAGAACAAAAUCAUUCAGUUGUGUCUGGAACUGACCACUACAGUUCAACAGGACUGCACUGUGUAUGACAUGGAAGAGAAGGUUUUGGAUGUUUCGAAGGUGUUGAACAGUAUUUGUGACCAGACUGUGAGAACCACCUCUGAUCCUCUCAUGAGCCAGUCAGCAUGUCUGGAGGAAGUUCAACUGACCAACAUCAAACCAGGAGAGGGACUGGGCAUGUACAUCAAAUCCACCUACGAUGGGCUUCAUGUCAUCACUGGCACCACUGAACAUUCUCCAGCAGAUAUGACACACAAGAUCCACGCUGGAGAUGAGGUCAUCCAGGUCAACCAGCAGACAGUGGUGGGUUGGCAGCUGAAGAACCUGGUGGCCAAGCUGAGAGAGGACCCUAAACGUGUAGUGCUUCUUUUAAAGAAAAGACCCACAGGAACCUCAGGAUUUACCCCAGCACCUCUCAAAAAUAUGCGCUGGAAACCGCCCGUGCCUCAGAGCUCCACCUCUCCUAGUAAGAGUCAGUCACCAGAUGGAUCUGCCCAACCCUGCAGUAGGAAGGACAAGCCUGCCAUCCUGGACCUGUACAUCCCUCCUCCUCCCUCAGUGCCUUACACUCCACGGGAGGUACGGAAUGGCUCUUACACCAGUCUCAAUGCCAGACCUAAAGGCUCAGAGUCCCCAAACUCCUUCCUGGACCUGGAGAGCCACCGGCGCUUCACAGUUGCAGACUACGAUAAACUGUCUGUUCACCCAGUUGAGGUCAACGUGCAGAUGCGUCCAAGAGGAACGUCCUCAUCACAUGGUAAACCGCGACCUCUGUCUAUGCCAGUGGAUACGUGUUUGAGCGUGGCAGACCUGUAUGCGAAGCCCUGGACACAGGGACGGAAAGGUGAAGAUCUUCUGUACAGAUACCUUAGCAAUGAGCGCAUACCAACUAUCGCCGAGGAGGCCUCGGGCCCGGGCUCGUCGUACAAGUUCACAGCCGAAAGACCCGCUUACGGGAUGGACUGCUCGCGGAACAGCCGAUACCUUGUCAAUGCAGAUCUACACAACAGCGCCACCAUUCCUUAUCAGGAGGACUUAGUCAAAAAGACGCCCAUGACAUCCACCCCCAAACGGCCGCCCGCGGAGCCCUCGCUACUGGUCAGUUGGAUCACACGGCUUAAGCUAUUGACUCACUAAUGUCAGCUUGCCUUCUCCCUUUGUCCAGCUGUGUGCGGUGACUCUUUUCUCAUGUACUUUUUCAUGCUUUCACUCUCCUUUUCUUGGGAUAUUUCUUUGUGCCUCUUAUAUUACUACUUGACUAGAUUGCCUUAAUGUGUCUAAAAUGACUAGAAUUUAACCUCAGAAAUGUAUGUUUGGAAACAUGUGUGGGGAAAAAAUGAGAUACAUUAUCUCUGGUUUGCUCAGAAAAAUUGACUUGUAUGCCACAGUAUUAAUUUGUAUAUGAAGCCAUUUGAAAAUGUAUAUCUACCUCAGCUAUUUCACAGUGGUAUCCAUGAAAUUCAAGGUGUUUAUGUAACAGUAGUACUUUUACAUAGAUUAUGGUUGGAAAAAAUCAAUCUGGUGAAAAAAAAGAAAAGAAAAAGUGCUUUCCAGUCAUUUUUUUUUUUUUUUUUUUUUCAUUUCUACUAAACCCCCAUGUGUUUCCAAACAGUUUAGUUAGUCAACUAAUUUCUAAUCAGAGAAACAAAUGCAUCAUGUUGUUUCUCUCGUCUUUUUGCUUUGGAUGUGGAACCUUCAAUAGAUGUAAUUGGAGGGUUGAGCAAACUUUUUUUCAAAGUUUCUAUGAGUUUCAUCAUGGUUAAACUGUGUUGUCUCCUUUAUGUGUUAGGAGUAUGAGUUGUAAGUAAAUUAUUUUGACAGAUUUUUUUUUUAUCAUUACAUUACACCAAAGUAUAUCCGUAUCCGUUUCUGACCUUUUUAUUUGAAUUUGUGGUGCUGUGCUUUGCUUUUGUGACAUGGGUAUAUUAACAGUAUUUUUUUUUUUUUCCAAAUGCUUAUUAUUAUUUUGUAAAAACAAUAUUCUUAUUUUUCAUUAAAGGGUCAGUUCACUAAAAAAAAUUCAAUUCUGAUGUCAUUUACUCACCCUGUGUCAUUACAAAUCUGUAUUAAUUUCUUUCUUCCAUGGUAAACAAAAAUGAAUGUUUUGCAGGUUGUUUAACCUUUUCUGUACCACAAAAGUGGAUGCUGCAUACCGUCAAGCUCCAAAAAUCCACAAGCUUUGGCUUUAGAAGACUUUGAAAUAUAGCGCACACUAACACCCGGUUUCACAGACAAGGCUUAAGCUAGUCCCAGACUAAAAUGCAUAUUUGAGUUGUUUUAACUGAAAGCAACUGGACCUGACAUAAAAUAUGUCAGUGCCAUUGUCUUGUCUCAAGAUUCACACCAGUAAUGUUUUUUUUUUUUUUUUUCUAGUGAACAUUUAAAAAUAAAAGGUACUUAAAUAUUGAACUAAGGUCUAAUCCUGGCUUAAUCUAAACCCUGUCUGUGAAACCAGACCUGUUUGUUAUGGUGAUGAUAUAUAUCAUCAUAACAAUAUAUAGCUAUAUAUAUAUAUAUAUAUAUAUAUAUAUAUAUAUAGAGCUAGCUCUGGCAUUAUUUUAAAGAAAUCUCCUUUUGUGUUUCAUAGAAUAAAGAAAAUAAUAAGGUUUAUAAUAAAGGUUUGAGUUAAGGGUGAAUCAAUUAUGACAGCUUUUCUAGCUUGUCACUGUAAACUCUAUGCUUUUUAGCUAGUGCAGAUAUUAAAUUGUAUUUGCUGAGGAUAAAUGGUAGCACAGGUUCAAAAAUUAGAGAGAGAAUGAACCAAAUACUACAAAUAAGAUUAAACACAGUAUAAAUCACUAUUUUUUUUCUAAAUUAACACAGUUCAUCUGCGACAACAGCUGUAAUUGUUUUUUUUAAAUGCUGAGUUUUAUAUCAGUAUUUUGCCAUAUCUAGAUUAUGCCCUAUUAAUCUACACUGUAAACCCGAAUAAGUUGUCAAAACUCCAAAAAUUUUAUUUUUAAUAAAAUUUAAGUUAAUUCAUACACUGAACGUAAAAUUAUCAUGUAAUCUUAACUAUAUAUUUAUAGUGGGGGAGUGAGAGGGGGACAAGAUUGGGAAAGGUCCGUGAGCUGUGACAUGUACUUGGGUUGCCUGAAGUGCAUGGCGCGAAAUGACAUCUUAAAUUAUAUUUUUAGAAGUGGAAAUUUAGCUAGCUAUAACUUCUAGUUCACCAAAUGCUAAUUUGUAACACAAUGCUUUGAUAACAUUAGCAUAGCAUAGCAAUUGCUGAAAGAGUAUGGCCAUAUAGAACAUUUAACAUAUACCUGUUCUCAAACUAAGCUCAUCAUCCAUUUGUCACCAUGAUGGUAACCCCCCAAAACCCCAACAUAACAGAAACUCUUCUAAAUUGGGAUAGCAAAGCAUUAAACACUACUAAAUCCCCCACUUAACAUUAAUCUUGCACAAAAAAACAUUAUAUAACACUUAAUUUUAGCAUUUAUUCUCCCUUUCAGGUGUCAUGGCAAAGCAUGCUGGGAAAUAGAAAUCCCAGCCCAGUUUCAGGUAAAUUUAAGUUUGUCUAAAUUAAAAGAAACAAGUUCAUAAAACUCAAAACAAUGAACAAUUCAGAUUACUUAAAAUGUGUCAGUUUUGUGUAUUCAAAAGAAAAAGAAAGUUGUUAAUACUCAUAAAAGUUAAUUUGAUUGAACUAAUUUGUUUAAUUUGAGUUUGUCCUACUCAAACCAAUUAAUUAUUUUGAGCGUUAGGGUUUACAGUGAUAAGCUAUUGUUUUGAACCACAUUUAUACUUUGUAUCACAUUAUUUGCUUCUGCUCAUUAAAGUUGCUAUUCCAGA